UGUUUUGAAUGCGUUUAUAACAAACAUCGAAAUAUCCACUUAUAAGAUUUUAUUUAGAGUGUCUUAUAUACUUAUCUAAAUAAGUAUGGAUAAACAAUUUGUCGAAGCAAAUAUAGAAGAACCACAAGAAAUAGAUGUUCCUCACGCCUCUGAUAAUAUAAACAGCGAAAAAACCGGUAUAACAAUAUUAACUAAUAGAGAGCAUAAGAAGACACCGAAUUAUAUUGUACCACCUUAUUUCAUAACUCCUUUGAUGUCCUACAAUGAGGAACGCGAAAAUAACCUUGUUUCUCUAAGGCGUAAUCCCCCUCUAAGAGAACAUUAUAAUACGUACUUGAGUUCCGUACGGCACGGUGAUGCAAAAUUUCAAUUAUAUAGAGAAACAAUACGGGAUGAUAAUAAACCAAAUCCUCGUAAGUAUUCCUUGAACGGACAGUUUUACGAUUCUAUGAAUAGACCAUGCCCUGUUCCGUAUUUGCCCAAAAUUACAGAAAAGUUUCCGAGGAUGAGUCCAAAAAAAAAAUAAAGAUGUGCAAUAUAAUUCGA